AUGCGCUUAAUAAUUCUGGAGGACGCCAGCGUGGUGGCAGACUGGGCGGCGCGCUUCGUGCUGCAAAGAAUCAAGGAGUUCGCACCGGGCCCUGGGCGCCAUUUCGUGUUGGGCCUGCCCACGGGUGGCACCCCGCUCGGCAUGUACCGACGCCUCAUUGACUUCUACCGCGAGGGAAAAGUGUCUUUCAAGUACGUCACUACCUUCAACAUGGAUGAGUACGUGGGUCUGCCGCGCGAUCACCCCGAGUCAUACCACUAUUAUAUGUGGCAUGAGUUCUUCAAGCAUGUGGACAUUUCGCCGGAGCACGCUCACGUACUAGACGGCACAGCUGAAGACCUCGCCGCCGAGUGCCAACGGUUUGAGAGGCUCAUCGAAGAGGCGGGCGGAGUGCACCUCUUCGUCGGGGGCAUCGGGCCCGAUGGACACAUCGCCUUUAACGAGCCGGGCUCCUCGCUCGUGUCGCGCACGCGAGUAAAGACACUCGCCUACGACACCCUCGAGGCAAACAAGCGCUUCUUCGAUAACGACAUUUCCAAGGUGCCGUCCAAGGCGCUCACAGUGGGCGUGGGCACCGUCAUGGACGCCAAGGAGGUGAUGAUCCUGAUCACGGGCGCACAUAAGGCGCUUGCGCUGUCCAAGGCGAUAGAGGAGGGCGUCAACCACAUGUGGACCGUGUCCGCCUUCCAACAGCACGCACAGGCGCUCUUCGUCUGCGAUGAGGACGCCACUCUCGAGCUCCGUGUCAAAACCGUCAAAUAUUUUAAGGCGCUGAGUGAGGAGCACCAGAAGAUGAUCGAAGAGGUGCCUGUCGACGUGCAGCACCUCAUUCACUGA